GUUUCCGUUGUGUUGUCUGCUUCUGAGUCAGGGGGCGGGCUGAGACUGCCGCAGGCCCGAGCAGAGGCAGGAAAUCUGUGUGUGUGCCUGUGGAAGAAUUUGUGUGUUUAGGGACUGGUUUGUGCCCGGAUCACCGCUUUCCUCUCCAGUCUCUUGCUCAGACGCGCUUCGAACCGCCACUCACGUCCACAAAAUGCUCCCGUUCAAGCCAGCGCCAGGCCAGUUCGGCCCCGAGAUCCGGGCCCCGGGCCUGUGGGUGUGGAGGGUGGAGAAGAUGAAGGCCGUCCUGCUGGACCCCUCCGAGGUGGGAGCCUUCUUCAACGGGGACUCCUACUUGGUGCUGGAGAACCGCGGCGAGGAGGGAGCCGACCUCCACAUGUGGAUAGGUGAGAAGUCCUCUCGGGACGAGCAGGUGGCCUGUGCCAUGCUGGCCACCCAGCUGGACAACUUCCUCGGAGGCGACCCCGUUCAGCACAGGCAGGUCCAGGGCUUCGAGACCCCGGAGUUCAUGGAGCUCUUUCCCAGGGGGGUCAGCUACAAGGAAGGCGGCGUGGAGUCGGGCUUCAGGAGGCCUCAGGGUGGGGGGACGGUGCACAGGUUGUACCAGAUCAAAGGGAAGAGAAACAUUCGUGCCAGGGAGGUGGAGCUGUCCUGGAGCAGCUUCAACAAGGGGGACUGCUUCAUACUGGACCUGGGAGAGACCAUCGUGUCGUGGAUCGGCUCUCAGGCCAACAUCUUCGAGAAGCAGAAAGUGCGCGAGAUCGCCUCCCUCAUCAGAGACACAGACAGGCACGGGAAAGCACGCAUCGUGGACACCAGCGAGGGGGAGGAGCCAGAGGAGAUGCUGAAGGUCCUGGGACAGAUGCCAGCCCUGGCCGAGAGCACGCCAGAGGAGGACAGCAAAGCAGAUGUUUCCAACUCGGCCUCCCUCUACAAGGUAUUCAUCUGGAGAGCCAUCAUCGCCGAUCGCCGUUCCAUGUCCAUGACCAAGGUGUCGGAGAAGAGCCCGUUCGCCAAGGAGCUGCUGGUGCGAGACGACUGCUUCAUUCUGGACAACGGCGCCAACGGAAAAAUCUUCGUCUGGAAAGGAAACGGAGCGAACGCCGAGGAGAAGAGGGUGGCCCUGCAGAUGGCCGACAGCUUCAUCGAGCAAAUGAAGUACCCCAGGAUGAAAACUCAGGUGGAAAUUCUGCCCCAGGGGAAAGAGACCAUCAUUUUCAAGCAGUUCUUCAAGAACUGGAACUAAGCUUUUCACCGGAACGUUUGACACGUCUGGCACUGGAGAUCAAGCUGCACGCCGGAGCUCGGAGAGCAUCAGAUUUAGACGCUUCGUUUUUUAUAUGAAUUCACCUCCUCGCACGUACUGGAAACCAGAUGGAGAACGCUGCAGAUUUCUUUGAACUUUGGUAGAGAUGUAAUGCCACUUUUAUAAAAAAACACAAAAAAAAACAUUAUUUUUUCUUCCUGUAGUGAGAGUGUUAAAUUACCAAGAAAAAAAAUAUUAAAAAGAACCUCAAGUGAAGAGUUUUUUUUAUAUUUGUUCUGCAUUUGGAAAAUAAAUCUGAAAAACACUCUCUAGCUUUGAGUUUUCACUUCUAACAACAGUCUCCAGGUGGUUUUAGGUCACCUUUGAAAUACACUGACUGCCUCCCACAGCUCUCACGGAAACAGUCCUUACAUAACUUUUGGAAAUCUAAAUCCUCUCUGACUGAUAUGGUAAAACCCUGAUAACCUGCAAUAAACGCAGGCAUGAUAACUGAACCCAACUGAAAACAAAAGCCCAAUCAUACUGAUACCUCAGAUGGAGUUUAUGUAGAUUAAUUCAUGAAUGAAUAUGAAAGCGAUCUCAGCUCUCAACUCUCACCUCCAUGUUGGGUUACAUCCGUUUCUUCCUCCAAAUAGGUCUGAAAUAAAGAUUUUCUUCAUUCAAAACACAUGCUGCCUCCCACUUAUCUGUCAUGUUGUUUGGAUGACCUCCAAAGAUGCUGAUAGAUGUAAGAUUACAAUCUU